UUUGACAAAUAUUCCACUUUUCAGAAGAACCUUGCAAACAAAACAACAUGCAGAGUACGAUGAUGACCCAAAGAAUACGUCAUCCCUGCCUCUUGCCACAUCAGGGCGCAAAAGCCAUAAGACAUCGAAGACUGCAAUGCCUGUUACGAAUGAUAAAACGAUCGAAUACAUCAACGUCUGUGAUGUCGGUAAGAAGGACGAAGAGGUAGUAUAUAGCAAUAUGUACACCUCGGGUGGUGUCUCUAUUGAUGACAUCCGAGCAAUGAUACCACAAAAGUUGGAAAAUGAAGAAGAAGAAUUUAAGAAGGAAUUCAAGGAGUUGCCCUGGGGAGCAGUGCAUCCUCACCUAGUAGGUGCCAAAGCAUCCAAUAAACCAAAGAACAGAUUCAAAACAACAUUUCCUUAUGACCAUUCCCGUGUCAUACUGGAUAAGAUUGGGAAUGAUCCUGACUCGACCUACAUUAACGCCAAUUACAUUGACAGUACCGACGCCCGCCAAGCUUAUGUCGCAUGUCAAGGACCAAAACAAAAAACGGUGGACGAUUUUUGGAGGAUGGUUUGGCAACUAAACACUGGGAAAAUCGUCAUGGUUACAAAUCUUUCCGAGGGCGGCAAUGUAAAAUGUCACCAAUACUGGCCUGACGAAGGUAAACCUUUAUCAACGAAGCAUUUCAACAUCAGUCUCGAUCGAGAGAGGACGUAUGCGUUUUAUGUACUACGAGAGAUUUCAGUGACAAACAGGAAGACAAAAGAAGAGCGUCAGGUUCACCAGUUCCACUUUACGACAUGGCCGGACCACGGAACUCCAGACACCCUUGAACUCGUCCUAUUCCACCGCCGUGUGACCUCAUAUAGGACACAGCUUACUGGGCAGAUGGUUGUACACUGCAGUGCUGGACUCGGGAGGACGGGAACCUUCAUAGGUCUAGAUGCUCUUUCAAAGGAGGAAAAGAAAUCUGGACAAGUGGAUAUUUCGAGUUAUAUAAGAAAAAUGCGAGAGAACCGAAUGAAUAUGGUUCAAACUCAUGAACAGUAUAUCGCUCUUCACGAAUUGCUUGUCCAGAAACACGAUCUACAGGAUACUCUGAUUUCCGAUACAGACUUUCCUGUAACUUUGAGAAAAAUGCUUCCGCCCGGAAAACCAACAAACCAAACAAAGCUACGAAAAGAAUUUGAAAAUCUUCAGACUCUCAUUCCCAAAUAUGAUUCGAGUUGCUACAGAGCAGGAAUGAUGAAAGAAAACAAGAGCAAAAACAGAACAGUGUCUAUUAAAGCAGUUGACAUGUAUCGAGCUUACCUGCGGUCACAGGUGGGCGACAGGAAUGACUACAUCAAUGCUGUUAUGCUACAGUCACACAGGUCGAAAUCAGGGUACCUUAUGACACAGUUUCCGUUAGAGGGCACAGUUGAUGACUUGUGGACGAUGGUGAUUGACUACAACUGUGAGAACAUCGUUGUCCUAGGUACCCCUACAGAGCACUGGCUUCGAGAAGAGAGCGAGGCAAAUGAAGCCCAUGGGAUAUAUGUUAGGAAGCAAAAUGCAUUAGCGGUCAUUCCCGUCGUUGAUAUUGCUGACUAUAACAUAAAAAGCAAGAGAUCCAAAACUGACAUGACAAUACGGAUCUUCACUAUGAAGGAGUGGUCAUCGGAUUCUUUGCUGCCCCCCUCCAACUCGUCCCUUCUCCUUCUGCUGGAGCAACUGGACAGUCGUCGACAGUCAGACAAUGCAAAACCCGUGGUCGUCAUGUGUCAGGACGGAUGCACACAUAGUGGACUAUUCUGUUGUAUAUCAAAUGCCCGAGAUCAAAUGAAGAUGGAUAAUGAAGUGGACAUAUUUCAAACGUCUAGACAAAUACAAGUCCGACGGCCACCAGCUCUCAGACACAUUGAGCAGUACCAGUACUGUUACAACUUCAUCGGGCAGUAUCUGGACUCAACCAACAUCUACAUCAACUAAAGGCGUGUGAAAUGGGAAUCCUUGCGUCUUUUGAAGGCUGACAGUUAACUAUCUGGAUUGAGAUGAAUGUGGUUUCCAAGUUUCCAUAGUUACCUUCAUGAAACUUCAUUCGAUCGUUUUAGUGGAAGUGAACUUCCGUAUAAUAACAGGAUGUGAUUGCCGAUUGAAAGACCAGGAAUGUUUGAAGACGGAAAGAACAGAUUCAAAUGUUUUCCGGUAUUUGGAAAAUCUUCCUCGUAACGCAUGUGUUUUGUGAGACGAUAACCUACGACACCAAAGCGCAAUGCAUUGCAUCACAGAGACGUACUAGUUGUUACCAAUUAGACUAUAUUAUAGGAAUGAUUACAUAUGUACACUUAUAUCUUAAAUAACUCUACGUAAGGAGUAAA